AGCCUCGUCCGUCUCAAGGCCCGACCGUUCGCGCUUCCGCUCUCCGCCAUGGGCAGUGGGGCAUCUCUGGAGCCCAAGAGCUUCGGGGCGCCGGAGGCGGAGCCCUUGGAGCGGCAGCAGUACAUCGAGGAGCACCAUGUGAUGUGGGAUGCCUUCACCAACGGAGACAUGGAAGAGGUCUACAAGCACGCGGCCAGCCAGUCCAGCGCGGGCGCGCUGGCGGCCCUGGGCCCGGCCAACUUCCAGAACUGUCUGAGGAUGUCGGUGGCCGGCAUCGGCAAAACUCAGCCGCACCCCAAGAACGUGGAGGAGGCUGUGGCGGUGCUGUGCCGCGGCGUGGCGCUGGCCCAGUGGCCCAUGGCCAAGGUGGGUAUGUUCACCACCGACCACCCGCGGCAGUGGGAGGUGCUGCGUGGCUGUCUGCGGGCCAUGCAGAGCGCCAGCGAGGAGCUCACGGCAGAGAAGGCGGCGGAGAAGCUAUUGGAGUCCCUGGACGACGGAGAGGAGUCUAGGCACUUUGCGGCCCUUGUCCUGCUGGUUGCCCGAGACUGCGUGGCAGGAGAUCUACAGGACAAGGCGCUGGAGUUAGUCGGCAAGUACCUGAAGCUGCACAAGCCCACUGACCCCUACCAGGCUGGGGACUUGCUGGCGCUGUGGUACGCCCUGCAGUGGCGACAGAAGAAGGAGGAGCCCAAGUGGGUGGGCAAGAUGGCGGUGAUGCCCUUCAAAGAGUCCCACGUGAAGAUCUUUGUGGACGACUCCAAGACGCCCAUGGACCUGGGAGUCUCCAGCUGGGAUGAAGCGGAUUUGAAGGAAGGCACCUUGCCCGAGAUCCUGCGGGACUGGAAGGUCUACGGCGAUGCCAUGGCAUGGCUCACCAAGGGGGAGAUAGGCAUUGAAGCGAUGGUGGUCCUCGACUGCUGGGACUUCAAGCAGGAGCACUUCCGCCCCAUGUGGGACAGCAAGUACAAGCGCUGCAUUUCUCAGCCCACGAACCUUGACACCAAGGAGUUGCGCGAGAAGAUGAUGAAGUGGGAGGAGGCCUAUCGGGGCGACAAGGACUCAGAUGUGGUGGGCUUCCACAUCUUAGGGCCCGCCUCCAAGCACCCCGAGGGCAAGGUGGACGUGUGCGUGGGCGGGAUCAGGACGGACACGAUCCGGAACCCGUUCUUCAAGGGUCGGCCCUGCUACCUUGACGAGGGCCUUGACUGGGCGCACCACAACCGGGUUUUCUGGUGCUUCCAUGAGACCCACCACAAGUACGAGAGGUUCUACCAGGACCACCUGGACUUUGCCCAGCUGAUCAAAAAGACGGAUCACCCCAUGUUUGUGCAGGAGAACUGGAUGGAGGAGUUCCUUGGGGGCAACAAGGAAUUCUUCCCCAACGAGGACUGGAAGGGCAAGAACGAGUUCGAUUGGUACGUUCAGACCAUCACCAAGCGUCUGGCAGACGCCAAAGAGCCCCUGACGCUGGUGGACGGCUGGAAGCUUUGGUGGGGCGGCAACGCCCCAGAUGUUGAAGGUAAGCAUUUCGACUUCGAGUCAGAGCACCACAAGCUCUGGGACGCAGGCGCCAGCAAGGACUGGGAGAAGGUCUUGGAACUCACGGACUCCCAGCUGCGGCCAAUGUGCGCACGGAAGCUUGGGAAGAGCAACUACAAGACGGUGGUGAUUCUGGCUGUCCGCGCUUUGGCGCACACAGACAAGCCCGUACAGACCAUCGUGCAGACGCUGAAGAAGGGCAUGAAGGUGCUGGGCUGGCCCUCAGAAAGAGCCAAAGAGCUGGUGAGUCAAAUCCCCGCCGAGAAGGAGGAGCCGGUCUUGAAGGCCUUCGCUGAGGAGAAGGACACGGAGGAUGCGCCGCCUGAGCCUAAGAAACCCGCCAUCUCCAUCAUCGAGGACCACCACGAGAUGUGGGACGCCUAUCAGGACAAGGACUGGGAGGAGGUGAUGGAUCACGUGGCCACGCAGGUCAGCGCUAAGGCUUUGGCCAGGCUGGGGGAGGCCAACUUCCAGAACUGCAUCCGACUGGCGAUGGGCGCCAUUGCGCAUUCCAAAGAGGAGCCCGAGGAUGUGGAAAAGGCGGUGGAGGUGAUGAAAGAGGGCCUGAGCAUCGCCCAGUGGGAGAGUGAGAAGAUCGGGGAGUACAAUCUGUUGUCGUUGCACCCCAAGGCUGAGGAGGUGCUGAAAGCUCUUUGAAGAUGCAUGAGACAAAUCCAUUUUCAGGAUGAGGUUGAAUUCAACAAUUUCGCA